GAAGAAUCCUUUGCCCUAGGACGUAAGCGGCGUGCAUCAUUCAGCAGCAAACGCGAUGCUCUUUCUGAUACACAGGCUUCAUGCGCUCAGAUCGCAAACGAUUUGAUGCAAUUCGCAAAUGGAAGAGUAUUCAUCGAUUACCUCUACCCCGAUGAUGCAUCGAAGAAGUUGAUUAGAGACACUGCUGGUGGAGUCAUUGAGAAUGUCAUUCAUUCAUUCCAAGGGAUGAUAGAUCAAUUGGACUGGAUGACUGUAGACACGAAGAGAAAAGCGUACAACAAGACCAUGGAAAUCAUUAAAAAUGUUGCGUUCCCCGACUGGAUUAUGAAUAACACCCAACUUGAUGCUUACUACCAAGACCUUACUUUCAAUUCGACUGACAACUACUUCGACAUGUAUUCUAAGCUGACUGUGUUCAACAUAAGGUUGCAAUAUAAACAACUAACGUUCUCCCAAACCGACCGUACCGAUUUCCUUGGUCAACCAGGAACGGUGAACGCUUGGUAUCAGCCAGAAUUGAAUUCGAUUACAUUCCCAGCUGGUAUUCUUCAACCACCAUAUUUCCAUCCAUUGUGGCCAGCAUCCAUAAACUACGGUGGAAUGGGCCUCGUUGCAGGACACGAACUUACCCAUGGUUUCGAUGACGAAGGCGUACAGUGGGGCCCAUCAGGUGCCAUUUCAUUCCCGUCUUGUGAUAACUGCACAGGAUGGAUGGACGCGAACUCCACGGCUGGAUUUAACUCAAUGGCUCAAUGUGUUAUUUCAGAAUACAACAACUUCUGUCCUCCAAAUCUUAGCCAAUAUUCGCCUAACUGUGUAAAUGGUGUGCAAACUCAAGGAGAGAACAUUGCCGACAAUGGAGGUAUUCAUGCUGCUUUCCGCGCAUAUCGAACGCACAUUGCUUUGGACGGCCCGGAUCCACUGCUCCCCGAUCGUUUGUUCGGACAAUUCACACACGAUCAGCUCUUCUUCUUGAGUUUCGCUCAGGUCUGGUGCGAAAAGCCACGCACUAAUGACAAACUCUACCAGCAGUUAAUGGUCGAUCCUCACUCGCCAUCGAUGUACCGAGUAUUUGGAACCAUUCAAAACUACCCUGCCUUCCAAGUUGCCUUCAACUGCCCCGUUAAUUCAAGAUACACACCUUCAUCACAUUGCAACGUUUGGGUUCCCAACAAGGAACCUUAG